UACAAAAAUUACAUGGAAAUGAAAUAAAACUUUUAUAUUACAGUUAAUUUAUCCAACCCAUAAUUACAACUGAGUUAUUUCCAAUUAUUUGAAAGUAUUUCAAAAAUUACCGGAUAACUGCUUCUGGUCUACUCUUUAAAAUAAUAGUUUGUAAAUAAAACUGGAGAAAAAAAAUCUCAUGAAGCACUUUAUAACUUCUUUAGUUGACUGGAUAUCAAUAGGUAUUUUUAAUCAGUGACAUAGUUACAUAUUUGAGCUGGAAUUUUAAGACAUGAUUGUGAGAAAAAUAUCUAACAUAACAUAUUAAUUAAAAAGAUGUGCUGUGAUUGGUCAUUACAAUUCUGGGAUUGGUUGCUAAGGUGAUGGAGUUUUAGCAAUUCCUGACAUGAGCUAGUUUAGAAGAAUCUGCGCCUUUCUUCCACGUUUUACGGUAUUUUUUAUGUCAUCACUUCCGUAAAACAAGGGCUUGCGUUGUUUAUGUCUUCUUACGGCACCAAUUAACUGUUGCUAGCUUAAAGCCUGGCUUCAUAAACACCACAAACAGAGCAAAUGGAAAGAGAUGCAGCGUGUGAGCGCUCAGCGGGCCUAACUAACUGCCCGUUACCGCCAGCAGGAGACCCGCUGAAGCCCGACGGUUCCUCCGCCCUCCUGGUUUUUUAAAGUUUAGACUUUAAUUUUUCAGGGACUGGCUGGUUCAUCAUGUUGAACGGUGUGGCUCUGCGCUCCCAGAUCGCCUCCGUGGUUGAUGCCCUGGCCAAAGCAGCUGUGGCAGAGAUCUUCAAAGUUGUGGAGGACGGCAUGGUGGUGCUGCGGCUGGAGAUGUGCCAGCGGGAGGAUGAGAUCGAGAGGCUGAAGAGCAGCAUGGAGGUCCUGCAUGGAGAGCUGCGGGCGGCGCGGCAGGCGGAGACCCACCGGCUGGAGCACCGCGGAGGAGACGAAAGCCAGAGGGGUGUUGGAGAUGAGAAGAUCUUGGUUGAGAAGGGUCCCUCUGUUGAAAACCACAGCAUGUCGUCUGCACCUGAAGCGCAACAUAAAGGUGGACUUGUGAAGGAGGGAAACAAGGAUGGCAGAGGACAGCUGGACAGGCCAGUGGAAGGGUCUCUAUAUGGAGGCGGGCACUGGAGGCCAGGGGUGCCAAAGGAGGCUGGAAGCAGCAGCUCUGAAUACUUAACUUUAGGCCAAAACUCCUUGUCGUGUCUCUCCGAGCCUUCGUUGGAUGGCGGGCUUGUUCUGUCCUGCAGCAGCUCUGGCGGGUUUCCGCAGAGCCCCUUCAGCCGCGGCCUGCUGGGCUACAACCAGUACAGGAACACGGUGCGCAGGCGGACGGUGAAGAGGCUGAUGUUCAAGAAAGGUUUCAUCUGUCCGUACUGCGGCAAGUGCUUCGAGCGAGCCGGACACCUGGAGAGGCACAAGAGGAUUCACACGGGUGAGAAACCGUAUCGCUGCGAUAUCUGCGGACGGCGGUUCAACCAGAAGUGCAGCCUAAAGGAGCACAUGAAGAUUCACAGAAGAGGUCUUCAGACGAGACCAGGAGAGGUCCAGAUGAGCCAACAAAUCCCAAUCCCACAGGUGAAUCCAUGUAUGGACCAGCAUCGGCCUGAAGAGGUCAGCCAGGUGAAGGCCGACGAUAACCAAACAAAGUCUGAAGAAGUUCUGCCAACAUCCGUUCAGGUCAAAUCUGAGCCGGUCGAGGAAAAUAUUACAGGACCGCAGCUGCAUGUGGAAAACAAUCAGGCUGACGGCAUGUGUGAAAACAUAACAUCAGUGGAUCAAGGCAGCCAACUGUGGGCAUCCAGGUUACAGAACAAUCCGACAGAGUUUCUGAACAGCUCGUCGCAGAACAUGUCUUCCUUCCCUGCCAUUACUCAGUUACUCCAGCCACCAGAGGAAACUUCUUACAGCAACUUUUCCGUUCGAGGAAAAAUGUACGGACAGCUGAAAGCCUCCACCGUCCCUCAGACGCCUUACGGGUGCUCGGGGUCGGUCAUCAUCUCCAGUAACCCCGGCUUGCAGGACGCGACGGAGGCCUCGAACCACCUCAGAGAGAGGAAAAACCGGCCGUUUCGAGUUCUGAAACCAAAGAAAUGCUUUGUCUGCACCUACUGCGGGAAGGUGUUUGAGCGAGCCGGACACCUGGAGAGACACCUGCGGAUUCAUACUGGGGAGAAACCGUACGGCUGCCAUAUCUGCGGGAGGUGCUUCAACCAGAAGAGCAGCCUCAAAGGUCACAUGAAGACUCACAGAAACGGGACGACGACAGACAUGCUGGAGGCCCAUCACCUGAUGUUCUCAGUGUCCGACAAUCAGCUGAUGGAGAGCUACAUGGAAACCAGUAACGGACCAACAGCGGCGGACGAGCCGUUUCCCGCCCCGGCGUACGCUCACUCCAUCAAAGAGGAGCCGCUGGCGGUGAAGCUGGAGCCCAGCGACGAAAACUUCCUCUCCGUGUCUCAGGUGGGGACGGACAACAGAGCCGCAGCAGCAGACAAAAGUUUACUGUGGACGUCUGCAGUGGAGGAAAGCAACGACAGCCCAGAUCAACCGGUCUGCGUACUUUUACAAGAUGUGAAGUACCACCUCAGUUCUCCUGCAGGGGGAGCCAGUGAGCAGCAGGGCUUCACCUCACCCAUAAAGGAUUUGGCUUUUAUAGACAACAAAGCAAAGGAGGAUCCAUUUUCGGCUGUGGGAUUGCAGCAAAGGACUUCAAAUCCAAGUCACGAUCUGGCUGGAAGGGAUUUCUGCUCGGAGAGCGGCGAGGGCGUGAACCAAGAUGGCGUCUACGAGUUUACCCUGAGAGCCUCGGACAGCUUCGAGGACAGCUGCAGCGCAGACCCCGCCAGACAGAACUACAUCUGCUCCAGCUGUGGGCAAAGCUUUGACAGUUUCCAUAUUUUCCAGGAGCAUCAGUGUGAGAAACUCCCAGAGCAGCCGUUAAGCUGCGAGAUGUGCGGAAAAACUUUCAACCAGCUGAGCAUCCUGAAGCUGCACCUUAAGCUACAUGCUAUUAUCGAUACAUUGUGUAAAAACGGAGGAAUUUACACCUUUUUUUUUUUACCUGCUUCCAACAUUCAAUCUGUGAACAUGGCUUCGUGCGUUCCCUUCCAGACACAGUUAUCCUCAAUAAUGGAGGUCCUGGUGAAGGCAGCAGUGGCACAAAUCUCCAAGCUGGUGGAUGACAAAUGUGCCUUCUUGCAUCUGGAAAUAUCCCGCAAACAAAGCGAGAAUGAGAUGCUGAAGAGGAAGCUGCUGCUGAUGGAGAGCAAGAAUGCGCAGCUGCAGCGGGGAUUCGAAAACUACAUGGAUCGAGGGACUGAUUUAGGAAGAAACGUUUCACAUCCCAUUAGAGACUUAAAGUUUCCUGAGAUUGAAAGAUCCAGUGUUUCCUUCACAAUUAAGGAAGAAAGUCCAGAUGAGGCGCUGUGGAUCAGUGAUUCUGCUGCAGCCAUUGGUACUGCUGUCCCGUAUCCUGCUCAGGAGAGCCAGCAGGUCAUCCAUCCAGAUGUUACCAGACUCAAGCCUGCAGAGUUCAGCAGCCCGUUCAGCUCCGGCCACCCGCCAGUCGACAUCAGCAGCCUCCAGUUCACAGUGAAGACAGAGAAGGAGGAGGACCGGCUGUCCUUCAGACAGGACGGAUGCCAGCACCGCGUGGGGAAGCAGACCCCCACCGCCGUCGACUAUCCCGUGGACGAGCGGGAAAGUCAGCUUUGGUCAUCGAUCAUCGAAGGGAAUGAAAUCGACGCCGGGUUUCCUGAUUUCUCCAGCGUGGUGGAGGAAUAUUCCAGCUCUUUCUCUGAGCAUUCGGAUGCCACGAACAUGGCGUCCAACACCAGCAAGUCGCCCGGCGUCCAGGAGCCGUGCAACGGGGUGUACGGCGCCGAGUAUCAGAAGGACGCGCAGCUGUCGCAUUUCCAGCCCCGAGCGCAGGACAAGCAGAAGGAGCAGCUGUUCCUGCAGCGGAGCAGCUCCCACGCCGCCCAGCUGGGCCCGCCGCAGGAGGAACGGCAGAGGGAGGCGGGCGCCGAGGACGGAGCGAACGCCGCCCAGCCGCCUAACCCUUUCACCACCAGCUGCUUCUACACUCACGCCCCCCAGAAACCCGUUUCCCGCGGCUACGCCUGCUCCCAGUGCGGCAAGUCCUUCAGCCGCCUGCACCAGUUCAAGCUGCACCAGCAGAGCCACAGGAGGAAACGCACGUUCUGGUGCAGCGUGUGCGGAAAGAGCUUCCAGUGCUCGUCCCACCUCAGCAUCCACCACCGGACGCACACGGGGGAGAAGCCGUACGGCUGCGGACAGUGCGGGAAGCGCUUCACGCAGCAGAGCAGCCUGCGGGUGCACCAGCGCACGCACAGCGGCGAGCGACCGUACAGCUGCUCGCAGUGCGGGAAGUCCUUCAUCAUGAUGCACCACCUGAAGCGACACAGGAUCAUCCACACCUACAGCUGAGGCGCCGGCGGCCGACACAACCAAUGAGAGAAGCCAAUGAACCACAGAUCCUUUGUUUGUUUGUUUUACUGAGUCGAGUCCAUCUGGGCUUCGGAGUAUUAGGGCCUCGCUAAAAACACAAAAAAGGUAAAAUUAUGAGAAUAAAGUUAUAAUAUUAUGAAAACAAAUUCGUACAAGAAUAAAGUCAAAAUAAUACAAGAAUAAUGUCUUAAGACUAAAGGCAUAACGUUAUGACUUUAUUACUGUAUUAUUUUGACUUUAAUUUUGUACAACUUUAUUCUAUAAUAUGAGUUCAUUCUUGAAAUCUUGCCUUUAUUCUCAUAUUUAUUUUAUUUUCGUGCAACUUUAUUCCAGUAAUAUUAUGACUUUUCUCCUAUUAUUUCAAUUAAACUCUCAAAAUACUUUGACCUUAUUCUCAGAUUAUUACGACUUCAUUCUUUUAUUUUUAUUUUUGUCAUCUUUUCUUAGUAUGGCCCUAACACUCCGUCGCAGGAAUGGGUCCGCUGUUUGUUUUAUGAUGAUAAAAAUGUGACAGUGAGUUGUGUGAGAAAUGUCUGAAGCUAGAAAUCCAAAAAAAAAAAAAGAAAAAGAAAAGAUGUGCGACCCUCACACGAAACCUUCCACCUUUAUCUGACUGUUACAGAGGAUCUAGACCAGGUCUGUCCAAACCUUCUGUCAUCGAGUCAGAAAUACUCACAGGUCAAGAAAGUAGAAAAAAACUAUAAUCAAGCUAAGACGUCUGUCUGUUUUUUUUAGUAGGAAAGGAAGGAAUGUUAUUUAUCGUAGAUCCAAAACUUUAAAAAAAUAAUCCUGUUUGCUCUAUUAAAAGAAAGGCUUUUAGUUUUCAAGUUUCUUUUGGCCUCAGUUGAAUAAAUUUCUUCUCAAUUGUAGGAACAGAUUUUGUUUCAACAUGUUUGCUACAUUUAACCAGGUUUCUAAGUAAAAUAAAAGCUGCAGCAAAGUGAGCUUUUCACUAAAACUCUGGAUUGUUGAGGUUCUACUUGUUGUCAAAGCUUUUGAUAAAAACACAUUAAUGCUUUGUGUUGCACUUAACAUUUUUCAUUGCAAGUGAUAAUUUUACUCUGAUUACAGAUAAAAACUUUUAGUUUCUGUCAUUCAAUUGUGCUGAACCGGCCACAUUUAUAUCAUUCUUCAACUGCAGUUGAGGGCCGAAUCAAAUUAAUCCAAGGGCCACAUUUGGCCCCCAGGCCACACUUUGGACACCCCUGAUCUAGAACGUGUUACACACUCCUGUCUGAGAAGCCAGAUUGCUGCAAAAAUGAGAUGGUAUAAAAUAUGUUGAAGCUUUUAUUUUCUUGUUUCAAGUUAAAUUUACACAAUUAGACUUUCAAUAAACCUGAUUUUGGUAAGAAAGUUACAAACCAAAACUGGUUUGUUUACAUUGAUAAUGUUCUGCUUCUUUUUAUUUAGUUCCAACAUUCAGUCUUCUUUGGCUGCAGUUUGUCAACCUGCACAGUUUAACUCUCCUGUUUUAUCAAGUUAUGAGAACAAAUUUCAUCCACAUCCUUUUUGUUUUUUAAAUAAAUUCUUCUCCAAUUUGACAAAAAAUCUAUUUUGACCUGAAGAUAAGCAAACCCUCACCAUGAUGCUGCCUCCGCCGUGUUUUACUGUUUGAUGCUGAUCUGUUGGUGAUGUUUCUGUGCCAAACCUCUGCUCCAUUGGACCAAAACUCACUCCUCUGAAAAGCAUAAAUACAGUCACAUGAUAAAGAGGAAGCUCAUU